ACGAAACAACAAAUCAGAAGACCUUUCGGCGGUGCAUUAGCGCCACUUUUAAGAUUUUCUUCGUCAACAAUCAUUUGUUUACUCGGUUGUAACACUCUUUCAAUCCUAACUCCACUCUGAAUACUGAACAUUGGUCUGAGGAGUCAGGCAUGUUCCAAGAUAACGCUCAGAUUCGCCGGCGUGGUUCCCAAGACUUCUCAGCUUAUUACGACUUCAUUUGUGCCAGAGAAGAAUGCUAUCCAUUGCCUUCAGUCAAAAUGAACCUUGACAGAGGGAUGCUGGAGUUCAAUGGUGACCGUGUCAAACUGUCAGACUGGCCGCCCAUCCUUGACUCCAUCUCCAUUAACAAACAUCUGCAUCAUAUUGCAAUAAGUAGCACAAACCCGUCUAACUUUGGAUCUGGAGAUACAGAUAGAAGAUACCUGAAGCCUUCUGUCAAAAGACGGGUUCCUGCUAUUCGCUCCAAAGACAUGACGUACAGGUUAUGCAAAUCUCUUCAUGACUGUUUGACAGUUUCUACCAGUCUGAAAUCUCUACAUCUUAAUGGACUUCCUCUUCGGGAACAGGAUCUAAUUAUGUUGACCAAGGGUUUGGCCAAAAGUGCUUGCUUGGAGAAACUGUCCUUGGCUAACUGUCCAAUCGGAGACGAGGGCUUAGAGGUCAUUUGUCAGAGUGUUAAGUACUCGUCAAGCAUCAGAAGUGUAGAUUUCUCAGGAUGUGGCCUCACCUGGAGAGGUGCUGAGCAUAUCGCGAACAUCAUAAAGCACCAAGGGAUGCGCAGACAUGGCACAGCGUGGGCGCAAUCCCUCAGAUAUAGACAGCCAUAUUUUGAAGGGAUGCAAGGUCUUCGGCGUGUCACCCUGAAUUGUAACACACUUAUUGGGGAUCGAGGUGCUGCUGCACUAGCCAUGGAAGUUGCUGAGGACUUGUGGCUCAAAGCUUUGGACCUACAGAACUGUGGCCUUUCCAAUGUCGGAGCGUCCCACUUGCUCCAAGCCUUAAAGACAAAUUCAAACCUUUGUGUCUUGGAUAUACGUUGCAAUCCUUUAGUUGACAAGUCCAUAGUAAAAACUAUUCUGGAGAAGGUUCUAAUGAAUGACCACAGUCAAUCUUCAGAGUACGGCUGGAUCAAACCGGCUGUCUCAGAUAAUGUAAAGGCUCAGGGCCCUAGAACUCGAGUGCAGCCGGUCUCAGUCCGAAGGAAAACUGUGAAGGCAGCUCAUAAGACGGAAAAGAGGUCAGCUGUUACUCAACAUCAGAUGUUUGAUUCUCGCUGUAAGCACCUACCCUGGCGCACUGCUGCCCGUGCACACAGACAGAGAGGUAUGUCAUCUGGUGUCGCGGUGAUGGACCACGUUUUGCAGGGUGUAGCCUCUGUGAAGUUGACUGUGGAGUCGGCCUCUGAAGAAGAGGAUGACGAUGAGGAAGAAGUAGUAGCUGUGCAGCGUGAGAAGGAAUGUCUCGCUCAAAAUCUUCCAAACAAAAUUAGUCAAAGGAAUUACGAGCUAAUUCAGAUGGAGCUAAGAGAAUGCCGUCUGAAGUUGACGGAGGAACGCCGAGCGAGACUGGAGGCUGAAUCACGUCUGAGAGAGUGUGAGCUGGAAAUUGCUCGACUUCGGGACAGCUUCUCCAAGUCAGGGGGAAAUGCAGCAGGACCGACAAGCAUCAGUGCUCUGGAAGAUGAAGCCGUUUUGAAGAGUAUAGAAAAUUCCUUCAGCAAGUUCCAUGCUUUUCUGGACCUCUUUAAGGAUGCUGGCCUUGAGCAGCUCGUCAAGAUGGCAGGAAUCGACCAGUCAGACUUCAACCCCCUUGGAAAACCACAGCUGUCGUCGACAUUUGGCUGUGCGUCCAAUUUAAACAAAGACUCGACACUGGCUGGUAAUGGAGCCGGCUCUCUCAAUCACCUGGCAGACGGUGAUUCAUUUAUGGUUGGAAGAGUCAUGCCUGCUCAGAGUCAAAGCCUUAAUAAAGUCAGCAACCUUCACCAACCUUCAUUGUCUGCAAUGGAGUCUACAACCAAAGAGGGACCUCCAGAGACCACCUCCUUUGAUCCGGUCCUUGUACCUGCUGUUGCAUCUUUAGAGGAAGACCAGGGACCCGAGGAGUUCUUGAUCCCGGACACCAUGGAUGACUCAGACUCUGAGAGAAGCAGCCACAGCCAAAGCUCUUCCAGAAAUGUUUUACUCAGAAAUGAUUUCCAGACUCAACCUGUGCGGCAAAUGAGCCACAGCAACUCCCACUACAGUGAUUCUCAUCACAGCAACUCCCACCAGAGUGAUUCGUAUUGUAGCAACUCCCAUCGCAGCCACGGUCCCGUUGACAAAUGCGCCAGCUACACCCCUCUGCGCCGAUCAUCCCACAGCAGUCGCUCCAAUGGCCUGUUGUCUGGGAGGUCAAGUGUGAGCGACAUAUGUAGCAAAGCGGAGUCGGUAGCAUCAGCAGGGUCAGGAACCAUGAGAUUUGGACGACUUGUCGCUGUCGGUCAGUCUGACUCGGAUAGGUCUGAUGGAAAAGCAUCCCCUCUGGACUUCAGUGCUGUCAGAUAUUGAAUAUUUUCGUGAGUCAUAGCACCUUGAUGUGCCUCUUCAUUUGCACCACGAAUGUGAAUGGGUUGACUUAGCUGUGGUCUAACGUUAUCUGCCUUUCAACUUGAUGUACCACUUCAAGGUAGCCUUGACCUUCAGUUUCAUAAUGGUUGGUCUUUUUUCUAUGUACAGUGAUCUCAGUAAUGUCUUUAGAGCAAUACAGCCUUUUUUUAAUGAGA